GUCACGUGACGCGACGGCUGGGGGCUCCCGGCGCGGGGGACGCUGGUGGCCAAGAUGGCGGCGGAGCUGGUGGAGGCCAAACCCCCCACCAUCGUCUGUUCCUCUCCGGGCCUCUGGGACGCGAUUCUGCCUUGGAGAUGUAGAGGUCUGAGCUCUACCAGCGGCUUUCAGAACAUGGUGAUGAGCUUCCGGGUCUCCGACCUGCAGAUGCUGCUGGGAUUUGUGGGCCGCAGCAAGAGCGGGCUGAAGCACGAGCUGGUCACCAGGGCGCUGCAGCUAGUGCAGUUCGACUGCAGCCCUGAGCUCUUCAAGAAGAUCAAGGAGCUCUACGAGACUCGCUAUGCGAAGAAGAGCGCCGAGCCUGGCCCGCAACCACACCGACCCCUGGACCCUCUCACCGUGCACUCGGCCUACGAGCGGGCCGGCGCCGUGCCCAGGACUCCCCUAUCGGGCCCCAAUAUUGACUACCCCGUGCUGUACGGGAAGUACCUGAAUGGACUGGGACGUUUGCCCACCAAGACACUCAAACCUGAGGUCCGCCUGGUGAAGCUGCCCUUCUUUAACAUGCUGGACGAGCUGCUGAAGCCCACCGAGUUAGUCCCACAGAAUAAUGAGAAGCUGCAGGAGAGCCCCUGCAUCUUCGCGCUGACGCCCAGGCAGGUGGAGCUGAUCCGGAACUCCAGAGAGCUGCAGCCUGGAGUCAAGGCCGUGCAGGUCGUCCUAAGAAUCUGUUACUCAGACACCAGCUGUCCUCAGGAGGACCAGUACCCACCCAACAUCGCCGUCAAAGUCAACCACAGCUACUGCUCAGUCCCGGGGUACUACCCCUCCAACAAGCCCGGAGUGGAGCCCAAGAGGCCCUGCCGCCCCAUCAACCUCACCCACCUCAUGUACCUGUCCUCUGCCACCAACCGCAUCACCGUCACCUGGGGGAACUACGGCAAGAGCUAUUCGGCCGCCCUCUACCUGGUGCGGCAGCUGACCUCAGCAGAGCUGCUACAGAGGCUGGAAACCAUCGGCGUGAAGCACCCGGAGCUGUGCAAGGCACUAGUCAAGGAGAAGCUGCGUCUGGACCCCGACAGCGAGAUUGCCACCACCGGCGUGCGGGUCUCCCUCAUCUGCCCGCUGGUGAAGAUGCGGCUCUCAGUGCCCUGCCGCGCGGAGACCUGCGCACACCUGCAGUGCUUCGACGCUGUGUUCUACCUGCAGAUGAACGAGAAGAAGCCCACCUGGAUGUGCCCGGUGUGUGACAAGCCAGCCCCCUACGACCAGCUCAUUAUCGACGGGCUCCUGUCCAAGAUCCUGAGCGAGUGCGAGGACGCCGAUGAGAUCGAGUUCCUGGCUGACGGCUCGUGGUGCCCCCUCCGUGCAGAGAAGGAGCGGAGCUGCAGCCCGCAGGGCCCCAUCCUAGUGCUCGGCACCUCGGACACCAACGGGCUGGUGCCCACCCCCAGCGUCAACAGCGGUGGCGGUGGCACGGCACUGGGUGGCACAGGAGGCGGGGCGGGCCCGGUGGGCAGUGUGGAGAACGGGAAGCCGGGUGCCGACGUGGUGGACCUCACGCUGGAUAGCUCGUCAUCCGAAGAGGAGGAGGAUGAAGAGGACGAGGAGGACGAGGAGGAGGAUGAAGAGGGCCCCCGGCCCAAGCGCCGCUGCCCUUUGCCCAAGGGCCUGGUGCCGGCCUGCUGACCUGGCCGCGGCCACCGCCGCCAGACACAGCUUUCCUGGUGCUCAGUGAGGAGGGCGGCGGCCGGGCGCCAGGGGAGGGACUUGGCUUUUCUUCUCGUUGUCCGUUUAUUUCUGCACCCCUGUCCCUGGCUCCUGCCUCUGGACCUCUGGACUCUCCUCUCGAGGGGAUUAAAAAACAGUAAAAUGACAAAAAAAAAAGGAAAAAAAAAAACCACGAAACAAAAAAACAAAGAUUUAAACUCUUAAAAAAACAAGGCAAGCUGCGGGCACCGCAGCUGCCCCCCGGACAGCCUGGGCUUCCCCAGACAGCUGAGCCCAGGCAGGGCGGCAGGCAGGGCCUGGGAGGCACCCCUGUCCCUCCCCACGAGCAUUCCAGCCGACGUCCAGGGACCCGGUGGGGACGGGCCAGCUCCCCAGAAACCGCCCUGCCUCUGCGGGCAUCUGUUUCCCUUGCUCCUCUCCGCAUUUUAGCUAAGAAGCCAUGGCGUGGGUUGGGGGAGGGGCCGGGGAGGGGCUCGCCACAGACAUGUAUUUUUUGAAAGUGCAAUAACUUGGUAUUUUGAAGACCCGGCGGCGGCCAGGACCUCCCCGGGGGAGGCAGGGGCCCCAAGUGCGGCACUGUGUGGUGUGUGGGGGUCUCCGUUUCCUAAGCCAGCUACCUCGGUAACUCCAAUUCAGGUUAACUCCCUAGGAACAGCACGGAUGUCCACACCGGCCCCCUGCCAUCGGGGUCCCCAGGGCCCGCAGGAUUUCGGGUGGUUCCCCCUCCCUUCUUCUCGCUCUUGGGUUUUUCCACGGGUACGAGGCUUCGCCUGGCGCCUCCUCCCCCCAGCCUUGAUCUUCCAACAGGACAGGUGGGGGCAGCCUCCAGCCCGCCUGUCCUGCUCCUGGCACCAAACCAGCCAGGCCCAGGAGGCUCUGGGGCCCCUGCCAGCUCUCCCAGGUCCUGGGCCUCAGGGGUGUCCCAGGAGACAGUGAGGGCAGGUGGGGUAUCCUCGACCCCUUGGCCUGGCCCUUCUGUUGUGCUUUUCCCGCCCCGCCCACCCACCCCCCGGUUCCCGGUCUGAGCAGAACUGUCCUAAUCAGGAAGCAAUAUCACUUCAGGUCUAGAGGAGGGGACUGUGGUCUGGAUGAGGGCACAUUCAGUCUUAACUGUAUGAACUCCGCUGCAGCUGGCCACCCGCCUGCACAGGCAGCGAGGGCCGCUCUUUUCUAAUAUUUGUAUUCUAAUUUAAUUGUUUUUUAAAAAUGCAAAUAAAAAAGGUCAACAUAAAGCCACAGAGGCA